AUGGAUAAUACGGACCCGGCGUUCCUACUACCCCACAUUCAGAACCGGGGCGGUCCGCAAAACGCGCUCUACAGGUUCCGCGGGGUGCGCCAGCGCACGUGGGGACGGUGGGUGGCGGAGAUCCGCGACCCCGAGCGGAAGGUGCGCCAGUGGCUGGGCUCAUUCGCGACGGCGGAGGAGGCCGCGCGCGCGUACGACGAGGCAGCGCUGAAGCUGUACGGAUCCGACGCGCACCUCAACUUUCCCCCGCCGGGGGAAAACGAUUCCGCGAAUCGCGCGCAGCGUCGCGCUGCGGCGGAGCCGGAUCUAGACGUCGCUCGGGAGAAUUUCGACAGGGAAAUGAUCAAGGCUCGUCUGUCAGGCUUGAAUGGCUUGACUAAUAACGCAAUUGACGGCGUGAGUGGCGGCGCUCGGGUUAGUUCGGGGGGCGGUGUGGUUCAACUGCCGGUUCAAGCAGCGGUGGGUCACUUAAUCCACCCACUUGGAACGACGGCGGCGAUGGCCAUGGGCCCUCGCUCAGCCAGCGUGCCGAGCGGCAGCGCGACGAGCUUCACCGAAGCCGCGAGUCCCAGCCGAGUGGGCGUGGAGCUCCCGUUAGAGAAGGCCCACAGCCUCGACGCGCUCCCCUCGUUUCAGUCACAGUCGCCAAGCGUGGGAUUCAAACGGACGAUCACUGAUGGUGGCGCGAGACACGGGGAGUCGCAGCAGGAAGAGGUGAAGUGGCAGCGGUACCAGCGGAAGCGGAGAGCAGUGGCGGAGGAGCAGAGGGAGAUGAGGGAGUUGGAGGAGCUGUUGGAUAAUUACAAGCAGCGGCAGCAGGUGCGGCAGUUGCUGUCGGAGGCCGAUACCGUGCAUCAGCGGGAGAUGCUUCUGACAGGCCCGGAGGCGCAACCCAUGCUGCAGCAGCAGCAGCAGCCGCAGCCGCAGCAGCAGCAGCAGCAGCAGCAGCAGCAGCAGCAGCAGCAGCAGCAGCAGCAGCAGCAGCAGCAGCAGCAGCAGCAGCAGCAGCAGCAGCAGUGGCAGCAUCAGCCACAGCAGCAGCAGCAGAAGCAGUUGCAGCAACAGAAGCAGACUCCCCAGCCUGGUCCUGGGGGCAGUAGCGAAAGUGUUACUAUCCGAAGUGCUAGAAACGCUGACGCUGGCUUUUCUGGUGGAGCUAUGGGUACCGGCCCUCCAUGCAGCGCCAACGGGCUCGUAGCAAAUGGUCUAGUGAGCAGCAAAGACAUUGCCAGGUUUAUCCUGGAGCAGCAGCUGUCGUCAAGUGGGGUAGCAACAAACCCAGACCCUUACACUGCCCCACCCACAGCUCCCGGAACUGCUUCAGUGUUGCACACUGACCAUACAGUUGUAUCAAAUGGGUCGCAUCUUGUGUCACGGCAGUGGAGAGAUGUGAGCAGGCUGCUGGAAGGGACAGACAGCCACCUGGCAUCGGCGUUUGCCACUACUGGCAUAAACAGCAGAGACAAUGCAAUAAUGCCUCACCAUGGGUUUGGAACUGAUGUUGGAGCACCAGGGGGGAGUGUAGCAGCAGGCAUUGUGGCCGAUCAACCACAGGCUUUUCAGGCCCCAGGGGCUGCUUCUGCACACCAACAGGAAUUACAGGGAGGCGCUGCUUCUUCUUUCGCGACACUCGCCUCCAUGGCAAAGAUCGGCGAGGGCGACAACCGUUGGAUUGUGCAGGAUCGAGCGGACGGCGCAAACGUGCACAACUGGCACUGGGCGGAGAAGGACUGCAUGGAAUGGUCACGGCGGCGCCUGGGGGAGCUGAUUGGCGGGCUGACGGUUCUGGAGGGGGAAGGCGGGUGCUGGAUCCGCACGGGCGCGAUUGAGAAGAUGGACGGCGAGGCGUAUGUCAACAUUCGCAAGGGAAAGAUCAUUCCCGGCUACGAGCUUCACGUGCGCCUGGGCUGGGAGGGCGAGGUCAAGGACUCGGCCGACGCGCAGCCUGUCGCAUCCGUUAAGGGCUUCGUCGAGCUGCCUUAUAUCGCGGACGAGAACCACGACGAGGAUCCCGAGUUGAAGAUCGCCCUAGCCACGGAAUCGGCGGACGGAAACGGCGGAGGGUCGGCAGCAGCCAAUCGGCUGCGAGAUGCGAUGCUGGCGAGAGGCAAGCCGCUUAUUCUGGAGAGAAUCCGCACGUUCGUUAAAGACAUUCAGGCUGGUGGUCCCGCGAGGGACGAGCUAGAAAAGGCCAAGGCAGUGAAACCAGCAACAACGGCGUCAGCAGCAGCACCAGCAGCAGCUCCUUCAGAAUCAGGAGCAGCAGCGGCACCAGCAGCAGGAUCUGCAUCUGCUGCUGCUAAAACCACUGCGAGCACAGCCCCAGCCAGCAAGAGCAAGAAAGAGAGCAGCAACAGCAGCGGAACUGGGAAGAAGUCGAUCGCCAUCACACAGAGGUUCCACUGUCGACCGUCGGAUCUGUACGAGACGCUGAUGGAUGAGAAGCGGUGGAUGGCUUUCACACAGUCCAAGGCGAAGCUGUCGCGGGACGUUGGGGGCACGUUUUCGUUGUUUGAUGGGUCCGUGACAGGUGUCAAUCAGCGGUUGGACGAGAACAGGAUGAUUAUGCAGAAGUGGCGGUUCAGCAGCUGGCCUGAUGGGCAUUACUCCACGGUGUGCAUAACCUUCGAGGAGCCUCAAGUGGGCGACACCAUUCUGCGGCUCACACAAACCAACGUGCCUGAAGAGGACAGGCCCGGUGUGAAGGAAGAGGGCUCUGCCGCUGCCACGUCAGCAACCAGGCCUCCAGCUUACAGCAACAGUGCUGUUGCGGACCCUGCGGCUUCUACUGCCGCUAGCGCAAGUGAAAGUACUAACACUGGCGACAAAGUCAACGGCACCGGGAACAACGGGGUCAGUGAGAGCAGCAAUAGUGCUGACAGCGACACGUGGGAGGCUCGGAUUCGCGCGCUGGAAGAACAGCUGGAGAAAGCGAAUGUGGAAACUGCGUUCCUGAAAGCGCGGAACACGGAGCUGCAGGCUCGGUUGAUAGCCAAGGAUAAAGAAGCGCGCCCGCAAGUGGUGAAGUCCAGAAUUCCUGUCCCAACCGCAGCAGUGAAGGCAGCAGCGGAAGCGGGGACGAGAGGAGGAAUGGGAGGGGUUGGCGGUGAUGGUGCGGAAGGGAGAGGCAGCAGCAGUGGUGAGAGCAAGAGCGGGGGUUCUGUUGAGCAAAGCAGCAGCGGCAGCAAGAGCAGCAGCGGUGGGAAUGCUGGUGGAAACGACACUGGUAGCGGCAGAAGCAGUGGCGUCAGUGGUGACGUGGAGAGUGGGAGAGAGGAUGCGGUGCCAGGCAGUGGAGAGCACUGGAGUACUGUUGAUGAUGGUCUUACCAGCAGCAGCAAUUACAACAACAGUGGGAUGCCGUUGGAGUUGCAGUUGGCAGCAGCUCAUGCGAGGAUAGCUGUGCUGGAGAGACUACUCAAGGCCCGUGCGAAUCAAUUCUCUCUCCCCCGCCUACCCUCUGCCUCCUUCCCCUGGAAACCCAUCCCCCGCCCGCCCAUGCCAUCUCCGACCUCCCAAGCCCCUCCCAAGCCUGCAAUGGUACCUCAACAACCACCCAAGCCUCCAAAGGCGGUGGCGGAGGGAGGGGUGGUGCUGGUGGUGCGGUCGUGGGACAGUGAGGGUGUGGCACGGCUGCAGCAGGAGCUGGCAGAGGCUCGGGCGGUGCAGGUGGCGACAGCAGGGAAGCUCAAGGCUGUGGAGCAGCAGUUAGGGAGCCUGGCAGCUGUGCGAGAUGAGGGUUACCACGUAUCACAUGCGGUCCCUGUGAGGCAUGUCUACACUCGCAGCUGGGUGUAA